AGAAUCUGAUAGGUUUGGAUUUCCAUCAUUACAUUACAGUCUCCUUCAGUUCGCCCUCCAACCGGUGAAGUUCACCAAAGCUGUAACGGUUGUGAAAUUACAAGAAAUAUCCACAUCAAACUUCGUUACCCUUCACCGCUAGCUUCACCUUUAUACCGGGAGAAUGGCGGUUCCUCCAACAUACGCUGACCUGGGCAAAUCUGCCAAGGACAUCUUCAAUAAAGGAUACGGCUUUGGUGUGGUGAAACUGGAUGUCAAGACAAAAUCUGCUACUGGCGUGGAGUUCAAAACGGCGGGCUCCUCCAACACUGACACUGGCAAAGUUGCUGGCAGCCUCGAGACAAAAUACAAGAAGUCUGAAUAUGGCUUGACCUUCACAGAGAAGUGGAACACUGACAACACACUAGGAACAGAGAUCACCGUUGAAGACCAGAUUGCCAAAGGUCUGAAGCUGACUUUUGACACAACCUUCUCUCCAAACACAGGUAAGAAGAGCGGCAAAGUCAAGACGGCCUACAAGCGUGAAUAUGUGAAUCUUGGCUGCGACGUCGACUUCGACUUUGCCGGUCCAACCCUUCACGGUGCCGCCGUUGUUGGUUAUGAGGGCUGGCUGGCCGGCUACCAAAUGUCCUUCGACACCGCCAAGUCCAAGAUGACCCAGAACAACUUCGCUGUCGGUUACAAGACUGGCGACUUCCAGCUGCACACUAACGUUAAUGACGGCUCAGAGUUUGGCGGCUCCAUUUACCAGAAGGUGAACCCCAAGCUGGAGACUGCUGUCAAUCUGGCCUGGACCGCUGGCAGCAACAGCACACGCUUUGGCAUCGCAGCCAAGUACCAGCUGGACAAGGAUGCCGCCAUUAGUGCUAAAGUGAACAAUACCAGCUUGGUUGGUGUUGGCUACACUCAGACACUAAGACCAGGUGUGAAGCUGACCCUUGCGGCUCUUGUAGACGGGAAGAGCAUCAAUGCUGGAGGCCACAAGCUUGGCCUGGGCCUGGAGUUGGAGGCCUAAAUCAUCCCCAGUGUAAUGUUUUGGGAGAGGGAAUAUCAGAACAGUUUGGCCUUAAGUCUGUUUCCACCUUAACCAGCAGGGCAUUUCUGGAAGGGACGGGUUCAAAGACUACAUAAACCACUACAAGAGGAAAAAACAAUAAUUCUCAGCAACCCAGUGUGAUGGUUUUGUUUCUUCUGAGUCAUGGUGUACUGUUUAUUGCUUGUUUUAGUUUUGAAGAUACUUGGAGCGAGUUUAGAGACAUAAUUUCCCACUUGUUCCUCCUGCACUGCCAUGACGAUGAAAUACAGAAUCCACCACUAUACAAAGCGGACAUGUGUGGCUCAAUUAUUUUGAUCCCUCUGUUUUUGUCAUGAACAUGUUACUGUGGGAGGGAUUUGGCUUUUGUUAACAUGUGACUGGGGAGGGACAUGAUCAUUUCUAUCUGCUGGUAUUCCCAAGCUGUCUGAACGACUCUUAUGUAUUUACUUCACUCACCCUUUUAUUUAAAUGCAGUUCUUUCUUUUUUCCAUGUACACAAGGACAAGCUUAAGCUGUUCCAUUGCCAUGUUUUCUUGUAAGCCAUUGGGAUUUUUGAAGGAAAAGUGAACUGAGCUGUAAGUCUACCCCUAAACUGAGCAGUUUCUGGGGUGGCUUCAACUGAAUGUCUACAAGAAGGAAAUUGGAACAUUUUGUCAGUUUAACUGGCCCUCUGUUGUCUUUUUUUCCCCUCCAUUUUCUUUUUUUGCAUCCAUCAGAUGACUUGGUGAGAUUCACAAGUAAGAUGCCAAAACGGGUUUCUCUAGAUGCUUAAGUUUAAUGACGAACGUAUCCGGUGUGUACAUCAUGUCACAGACUCAUUGAGACCAUGCUUACACAAAACCUUGAAUGGGUCCUCAUGUGUAUGGUAAACUUUUCAAUAAAGUCUUUGAACUCUAA